CAUCACUCCUCCUCCACCUCCAUGUGCCCUUACCAUUAAAGGACUCUUCUCUUUUCCAUUCCCAAUUCAUACUACGCAACCUUAUUCUCUCUCUCUCUCUCUCUCUCUCUCUCUGUGGAGAGAAAGUACCUCCUUUUCUUAUAAGCCAUGUCUCAGGCCCCCGGCACGUCUCCUACCACUCCCUCCUCGCCUGCUCCUGCCACUCCCUCCGCUCCGCCUCCAUCCACUCCCUCCGCUCCGCCUCCGGCUACUCCCUCCGCCCCUCCGGCUACUCCCUCCGCGCCUCCCCCCGCCACUCCAUCUGCUCCUCCACCGGCUACUCCCUCCGCUCCUCCUCCGUCCACUCCUUCUCCACCAGCACCUUCCACUCCAUCUGCGCCACCACCAUCCACGCCAUCUUCUCCACCACCGUCCACACCCUCUCCCACUCCCCCGACCGCAUCUCCGUCACCUCCUUCUCCACCUACUUCCUCUACGCCACCGAGCACACCGGCUUCCUCUCCUCCUCCUCCGUCAAGCACUCCGUCACCCCCGGUGACGCGGAGCCCGCCGCCUCCGUCUAGUUCUGGUAACACCCCGACUGUUAGGAGCCCGCCGCCCCCGCCCACUAAUUCGUCAUCGUCGCCGGACUCAUCGUCGAAUGGUAUAUCUACCGGGGUUGUGGUGGGGAUAGCGAUCGGUGGCGUGGUGAUUCUGGUCGUGCUGAGUAUAUUGUGCGUGUGUUGCACCAAGAAGAAGAGGAGGCGCCGUGACGAGGAGGCCUACUAUCCGCCUCCACCUCCUGGACCCAAAAAUGGCCCUUACGGUGGUGCACCACAGCAUUAUCAACAGCACAAUGCUCCCCCACCUGCAGAUCAUGUUGUCGGAGUGUUUCCAAAACCCUCUCCUCCACCAGCAGUUGCAUCACGACCACCCCACUCACCAACAAGUUCUCUUAUGACGCCAAAGCCCCCACCACCACCAAAUUUCCUGAGCAGCAGUGGAGGUUCGGGCUCCAAUUAUUCAGGGUCAGAAAACCCACUCCCACCACCUCAUCCAGGAAUGGUAUUAGGUUUCUCAAAGAGCACUUUUACGUAUGAGGAAUUAUCAAUGGCAACGGAUGGCUUUUCGGAUGCCAACCUCCUUGGACAGGGUGGAUUUGGGUAUGUGCAUAGAGGAGUUCUUCCAAAUGGCAAGGAAGUAGCUAUCAAGCAGUUGAAAGCUGGAAGCGGGCAGGGGGAGCGUGAGUUUCAGGCAGAGGUUGAGAUUAUUAGCCGAGUGCAUCACAAACAUCUGGUUUCAUUGGUUGGGUACUGUAUCACUGGGUCCCAAAGACUGCUUGUUUAUGAGUUUGUUACGAACAAUACUUUAGAGUUCCACUUACAUGGGAAGGGACGACCUACCAUGGAUUGGCCCACCAGACUUAAAAUUGCUUUAGGAUCUGCAAAAGGACUGGCAUAUCUUCAUGAGGAUUGCCAUCCCAGGAUCAUUCAUCGUGACAUCAAAGCAGCUAAUAUACUUUUAGAUUUCAAGUUUGAGGCAAAGGUUGCAGAUUUUGGACUUGCUAAGUUUUCUUCUGAUGCCAAUACUCAUGUCUCCACCCGGGUGAUGGGAACUUUUGGGUAUCUGGCUCCAGAAUAUGCUUCAAGUGGAAAACUUUCAGACAAAUCUGAUGUUUUCUCCUAUGGGGUCAUGCUUUUGGAGUUGAUCACUGGACACCGACCUGUUGACACAACCCAUAUGGAGGAGAGUUUAGUAGAGUGGGCAAGGCCUUUGCUCACACGAGCUCUUGAAGAGAGAAACUUUGAUGCUCUGGUUGAUCCAAGGCUGAAAAAUGAUUAUGAACCCAAUGAGAUGGCUAGCAUGGUUGCUUGUGCUGCAGCUUGUGUGCGUCAUUCAGCCCGGCGUCGCCCACGAAUGAGCCAGAUUGUUCGUGCUUUGGAAGGAGAUGCAUCUCUAGCUGAUCUUAAUGAGGGAAUCAGACCUGUACACGGCUCUGCAUACAGUUCUCAUGGAAGCUCAGACUAUGACACCAGUCAAUACAACGCGGACAUGAAGAAAUUCAGGAAGAUGGCAUUGGGAAGCCAGGAGUAUGGUGCCAGUAGUGAGUACAGUGGACCAACCAGCGAAUAUGGUUUGUACCCUUCUGGCUCUAGCAGCGAAGGCCAAACCACCCGAGAAAUGGAGACGGGAAAGAUGAAGAAAAGCAGCCAAGUUUUCAGUGGAAGGUCUUGACAACCGAUGCCCUUUCAUUCUCAUGUAAAUGAUUUUUACACUUUGUCAAGUUGAUCACAGAUGACAUGUUCUGUAUGAGUUAACAAAUUUUCUUUUUCUUUCAACUUAUCGGUUUUUUCACAUUGUAUUUAUCAAUAGUUGCUUAUACGAGAAAAUAACAGAGAAACUUGUUCGAUUCUUUUA